AUGGACAACCUAUCUCCCAUCCCGACUCCUCCUCCUAUUCAUCCGGCACAACCAGCACUGCGGCGACAGCAACAGCAACAGCAACAUCCCGUAGUAGUAACCACACAUCCACCAUCAGCAGGACCCACCUCUUCGUCGACAACGUCUUUUGCCCAGCGUCUGUCGGAAUGGCUCAAGGAGAACAAGGCUGCCAAGGCUGCCCAUCUCACAGGAGCAUCAGGAGCAGGAAAUGGAAGAACCUUUGAUGAGGAUGGCAAUGACAGCAAUAGUAGCAACACACCAUCUCUCCAGAGCCUGCCCUCAUGGGUCUUUGAGGAUAUUCAGCCUCGCUCAUCACCCACUCUUUCACCAGUUCCCUUGAGAUCUGCAGGCAUCAUUGCAGGAGCAGCAGUAACCGGAGCGUCCUCUUCAGUCGACCCUAUUGCGACACUGUUACCGCAACUUGAGCGAAUGACCACCGAAGACGACAACAGCGCCCAUACCACUCCCACCCCAACCCCUGCACCCACUGUACCCUUCGUACCCUUGCCACAUCAACAAUUGCAACAGCUGGAGCAGGAACAGCUGCAGCUCCAGGCUCUUCAUGGUUACCUUGCCUCCUCAGGACCUUCGGCGACCUACCGGAGAACUCAGUCAAAGUACAAGCAACCCUGGAGGAGAACCCGUCCCGAAAUGAUCACAUCCCGUCGCAACCCUUCCCGUCGUCAGCAGCAGGCAUCGACUGCUCCUACUACAGACAUCGACAUACCACUGGCAACAACAGCGACAUGUACAAGAGGACCUGGAAGCAGCAACAGUACUACGAGCAGCAUGGGCGACCUGACAGCAGCUGAAACAGAGUCAACAAGGACGACCCUCUACCUGCCCCAUGAUAUCCUUCUCGCUAUCUUUUCGCACCUGCCCUCAAGGGCGAACGCGCAGCAGUAUUACGAUCGAACUCACCCCUCCGAUCUGCUCUCGUGUUCUCGAGUUAACAUGGGCUGGCGUAUUGCGGCCCUCUCGACCAUCUGGCAGACCAUUCUCCUACCAGACCCUCUGGAUCGCUCCUGUCGUCGCCUGUUGCACCUCUUAGCGUCGUCUCAUGCCUCGGCUCAGAUCACGGGCAAGAACUAUGACAUGACUGAGAUUGUUCAGCGAGUCGAGGUUGACCUGCUGGAGGCGACAGAGCAAUUGGCGGAAGAACGUAUGAGGGCUGCUGCGUCUAGUAUUGCAAAUGCGGUCGCUGCAGAGGUGCAACCACAUCAGGAGCAGCCCCGUUUGAUUGUGGGACCCGCCGGUAUCACUUUCAACAACAACAGUAGCAGCACCAACCCGGAAUUCGAACACCACAUCAUUCCAUUUUUCGAUGACGAUGGUGUUCCGAUUACUGUCAGGAGCUGGAAUGUCACAAACGAUUCAACCACCAAACUUACUGCCACUGCCGCUCCUACCAGUGCCAGUAGCAGCAGUAGCAGCAACAACAACAACAACAACAACAACAACAACAACAACAACAACAACAACAACAACAACAACAACAACAACAACAACAACAACAACAACAACAACAACAACAACAACAACAACAACAAUAACAACAACAACAACAACAGCAACAACAACAACAACAACAACAACAACAACAACAACAACAACAACAACAACAACAGCAACAACAACAACAGGACCGCCUCACGCGGAACGAUGACGGACCAUAUCACGACCCUGUUACAGUUUAUUUCGCCCUUCCGAACACUCUCGAUCCAACUGCCACAGGAGAUUGAAUCAAGCGCAGCAGAUGUGUUGACCCGGUCGGCCUCGCUCCCAGCAUUAGAAGCGAUCCGUCGCGGUAUUCAGGAAGCCCAGAUCCGCGAGCUGGACAUGCCAUCGCCUAUGUACUGCAGCGUCUCGACCUUUCCAGGAAUGCUCGAUCUCAUCUCGAAUAUGCAGGCCCUCCGAGUUCUGAUCUUGGGUUAUUCGAGUCGGGAUUGGCCCCUCCUCAAGGCGAUUAUUUCCUUACCGCUGCUGGAGAACCUGUGUGUCUUUGAUUCCUGCUGGAGUAAUCAGAUCUGGAUCUAUCUCUUUUCGUCGCUGGGGCCACAACUUCGAGGACUGACGGUCUUGCAGGGGAGACGGCCCCUCCAGGGGGUUGUUUUGAGGGAAGGUAUUGCACCGUACUGCAACAACUUGACGACACUUUCGAUUCCGUUUAUCAAGUUGAUGUCUGGACCGGGGCCCGUGUUGACGGAUCAGGAUGUGAUUCCGGUGUUGAAGACCUGUCAUGAGCUGCAGGUGAUCAAUCUCUCGGGCCAGCAACUGUUGGGCGACAAGGUCUUGGAGGCGAUGACGGAUCUUUGGGGCUUGCAGACGUUGGAUAUCAGAGAGUGUCCGUUGAUGACGGGCCAGAACAUCAAGAGCGUCCGGUGGCAGUCGAUCCAGCGGGUCCGGAUGUUUGGAUGUGGAGAGAUGUCGUCCGAGUUUAUGGAUUUGAUCCUGCAAGCGUGGCGGUCGUCGCAUACCAACACUGGUUCUUCUAGUACGAAUGGAGCGUCAGGGUCGGGACAUCAUCAUCACCAUCACCAUCAUCACCAUCCGCAUGGGAAGCAUAGUAUUGGAGGCCUGGGAUCGACCACGAGUGCAGGAGGUGUUGGGUCGUCGUCGUCGGCAACCAUUAUGCGGUUUGCGUCUGUCCUGGAUUUCAAUGCCGACGUGGAGGAUCCGGUCGAGAUGGGGUGGGUCCGUCAACGGGAAGAUGAGCCGCCUCUUGAUCUUGACGAGGACCAUUUCUUUGCUGACUGGUAUUGUUAG